UGUGGUCUACCGCGAGGAACGACAGCCUGGGCAUUGCCGCAAUGGACUCCGGGAUGGUGCCCGCGAGGCGCACGUUGGACAGAUCGUGUCCCCGGCCAGGGAGCGCUACCCCGCCGGCGAACGCCUGUCUUCCAACCUCGCCGUAUCCUUCUUCUCCCACCAGGCCUCCCCAGCCAUGGCAGCUACAGGGCUGAACGCGUACGCGCGGCCAUACAGCCGCCGCUCCGCCCGCGCCCACCUCACUCCGCUAAAGCCCCAUCCUUCCACGAUGCUGGGGUACCACGGCCACGCCGGCUACCCGCCGCCUUCCCCGUUCGCCGCCAAUUACUCCCGCGCCACCUUCCCCGAGCACCACUACCCCGGGGCCCUCCCGCCGCGGCCUUUCUUCCGUGAGCACGUCGCCGCGCCGCGUUACGACCGUCGCCCGCGCGGGGUCAUGUUCGAUCCUGAGAAGAUGUACGCGCAGGUGAUGCACAGCUUCAACUACAAGCAUAAGGGGCGAGCGGCCGCGGCCGGGAAGGGCAAGGGAGGACCCGUGACUCGCCCUCUGUUGCCGGCGGCACCGCCGUGCGGGCCGCGGGGGCAGCGGGCCAGGGGCAGGAGAAAGGUGUACGUGCCGGACGCGCACGCCGGAGGUCGCCGUCGCCGUCGCCGUCGCUCACGAGGCGGAGGGCGUGGCCGGUGCCCCCGCCGGCCUGGGCCUGGUACGGCCGCAGCCGCACGACCGUGUGCGCCUCGAUGAUGAAGCUGCUCGACGACCCCUGCACCCGCGUGAACAGGCGGCACGGCCCUGGAGCGGUGGCCGCCGCGUCCGAUAUCCUCUACCUGCCCAUGGAUUUCAGGUGAUUCAUCUCAUGCUUGCUCUUCUCUCACGGGUUGACAGGGUGAUUUCUCUUGCCUGCAUUUAUGCUUGUGCGGUAGUGGAACAGAUUCUUAUCAAGUAUAGUAGCAUCAAAUGGACGAAGCCAACAUUAAUCCUGUAAGUCAGAAAAAUAAGAAGCGUACUUUCAAUAAGUUCCUCUUCUUUUGGCGAGACACAGUUUCACAAAGUACGUACGUACCGACUUGUUUUGUGUGCUUUGGUGUUCUUUAUUAUUAUUAGUCAGGUAUAAUGAUCUUUCCGUCUUGCAAAAAUAAAUGGGUCAGUCUAUGUCACAUCUAGAUGUGAGAUAAUACCUCACAUCUAAGUGACAUCGUCCUCUAAAAAUCUGUCCCACCUCGUUUGACAAACAAAAAAUUCGGCUUGUUUGUUUGUCGAUCUCCCACCUGGCCUGUUGCUUGUCUAUCGUCAACACUCGCCCACCCAUCCCGAUUACCCCCACCUGGUGGGCCUUGUAAGUUGGGCUU